AUUGUUGGACGAUUCAAAUGGCUGGAGGUUUACUGUAUUUGCAGGUCAUUUGAGCUCUCCAACCAAGCAACUUAAGUACCCAGUGAAGAAUUUUCGAGAAAGGAGUUCAUGUAGGAAUUGAUUAAUGUUUAUGGGCUAAGAAGUGUGGCAAAAUGAUCUUAUGUUUUGAAUCGCCAAGGAGAUGGAGGGAAGACAUACAGAUACUGUUCAAAAUGAAUCCUUGCUUACGAAUUUUACCCGGAUGCAAUCUGACUGGGCUUCUAAAUUUAAGAAAAUGCAUAGCCAGCAUCAGCUGGGGGAUUCAGGAGCACAAAGAGUGGCACAAAUCCUUUGGUCCACUGGAAACCUUGCUGAGCCAAUUCCUAGCGGUUUCUAUUCUAUUUUACCCGAAAAAAGACUCAAAGAGAAAUUUGACAUGAUCCCUUCUCUUGAAGAGCUCCAUGUCCUAGAAUCAGAUGGGUUUAAGCUCAAUGUUAUCGUUGUUGACAUGCAUAAAGAUAAGAAGGUGUCAAUGUUACAGCAGCUGGCUCUGACUUUGGCAAAAGGAUUGACUUCUAAUCCAGCUGCAGUAAUUAAAAAGUUAGGCGGAUUGGUUUGCGACUUCUAUAAACUCCCAAACGUAGAGUUAAAUUAUGCCAAAGGUGCAUGGGAGGAAGUCUACAAUGUACAUAAUCAGGGCAUUCAGAUGCUAGGUCAAAUAAAGCAUGGUUUCUGUCAUCCCCGUGCCAUUCUUUUCAAAGUCCUUGCAGAUACUGUUGGCCUUGACUGUAGGCUUAUGGUGGGUUUACCCAAGGAUGGAGAAUUGGAGCGAACCGAUUUACAUAGGCACGUGUCUGUUAUAGUGGAACUGAAUUCUGCUGAAUUACUGGUUGAUAUAGUGAGGUAUCCAGGUCAUUUGGUACCCUUUUCCACCAAGGCAGUAUACAUGUCUCAUGUAUAUGUCAUCGGUCAAGGUGAUUCUGGAGAGAAUGAUUCAUGCGAUUCACCUAUUGAACCAAACAGUCCUGUGCAUGGUGCUGUGGAAAGUGUUGAUGAGUGCUUAUCACAUGGCGAACCUAAUGUAGCAAAUGCAGCAUGGGGGCGCAACAAGAACGUACUUGCUGAACAAAGCACACCCAGUUCAAGUCCAGAGCACUGUUUAUUUCGAGGGCAUGGAAGAUCUAUUCUUGGUGGUCAUAAAGAUUCUCCGAGAGAGUGUCCAAAUGACAUGACAGUAUCAAGGUCUGCUGGGGCAUCACCCAUAGGAAGUCGCAGAAGACGACGACGGAGUAGUGCUACCAUGAUUCCAGAAAUUGGCGAUGACAUUGUAAGGGUUGUGCGAGCAAUGAAUGACACUUUGAAGAGAAAUCAUCCUCCAAGGGAACAUAUUGAUGAUCAUUGCAAUAGUCCAGAACAUCAGGAAAACGCAUCUGCUUCGCAUAGGAGGCAAACCAGUUGUCCAAAGGCCUUCUCUCUACCUUCAUCUCCUCAUAAGUAUAGGAUUCAUGAUCAUGGUUCUGACAGGAAUGAAACAGAAAAAUUAGAAGGGAAUCUUGAUAUGAUCACAUGGAAUAAGUUUCUUGAAUCGUCCUCCAUCAGGAACGAACCAUGGUUCCCCUUCCAUGAAUGGAAUAUUGAUUUUUCUGAACUAACAGUUGGAUCACGUGUUGGCAUUGGGUUUUUUGGGGAAGUUUUCCGAGGCACUUGGAAUGGAAUUGAUGUUGCAAUCAAAGUCUUACUUGAACAGGAAAUAACUUCUGAGAAUAUCGAAGAUUUUUGCAACGAGAUGUCCAUUCUAAGUCGACUUCGCCACCCAAAUGUUAUAUUAUUCCUUGGUGCUUGCACAACGCCUCCUCACUUUUCAUUGAUCACCGAAUACAUGGACAUGGGGUCUCUAUAUUAUCUCAUUCAUGUGAGUGGGCUAAAAAAGAGAAUCAGCUGGCGAAGGAGACUAAAAAUGCUGUGUGAUAUAUGCAGGGGUCUUAUGUCUAUGCAUCGAGUGAAAAUAGUGCACCGUGAUCUGAAAAGCGCGAAUUGCUUAGUGAAUAAGCACUGGACAGUGAAGAUUUGUGAUUUUGGGCUCUCACGGGUGCUAAACACUACACACAUAAGAGAUUGUUCAUCUGCAGGGACCCCAGAGUGGAUGGCACCUGAACUCAUUCGUAAUGAACCCUUUACAGAAAAAUGUGAUAUUUUCAGCUUUGGUGUCAUAAUUUGGGAACUAUGUACUCUUCAUAGACCAUGGGAAGGAGUGCCAUCAGCUCAAGUGGUUCGUGCUGUUGGUCAUGAUGGAACUCGACUUGAAAUUCCUGAAGGUCCCUUGGGAAACCUAAUAGCAGAUUGUUGGGCGGAACCCUAUCAACGACCUAGCUGUGAAGAAAUCCUCUCACGCUUAAUGAGCUGCGAGAUGCUGAUAUAGUUUCUUUCAUUGUAACUCUUGGACAUGAACAAAACGACUACAAAAAGAUUUGCAAGUAAAAUACUUUUAAUUUUGAUCAGUCAACAUUUAAUUCAUUUGCUUUAGAGUCAAUUGAUCUACUUUCUUACCAAAGAUGAUAUACAAAUGAAUAAAUGUAAGCUUAAAAGACCUUCAUUUACCUAAAUCAGAUAUAGCGUUUAUGUAAAUAUCAACAUUAUUGUGUUUGAUUUACAAUG